CUUAUAUCACUAUUCGCAAAUUGUAUAUAACAAAUCCACUGGUCAUAUCUGAGAUCGUGGCUUUAAUCUUCGGUUUAUUCCCGUACAAAGGCCAUGGUAUCAACGAUGGCGUUGUGAUUUAGCGAUGAUCUCCUCCAACCGACACACUCAUUGACAACUUCAUCUUCAACGCGGUACUCGGUUAAGCUUGCUUGGUUAAAGCUUGUUGAAAGCGACAAAGAAGGUUGUAAAGAUUAAAAUGGCAAAUACGCUGCAACACGUACGGAUAUUUCUCCUUUUGGAAGUAAUAUUUACAAUUCAAACGAGCGCAGUACCUCUUACGCAGAAUGAGUUACAAGAGCUUGCUAACUCGCUAGAAAUUCGUGUAAAAGUCGUUGAUAACCUUCGCUAUGAAGCAAAAAACCACACCGUUCAAACGUUCAUCAAAAACUCCGGACACUUACCAAUACCUGACUCUGGGUGGACGCUAUACUUUCAUAGUAUGCUUCCAGCUUUUCCUGACAUAUUAUUGCAGGAAGGAAACAAAUCAGUGGACCUUAAUGUUGAGAAAGUCAGAAUUGGUUUAGUGCAAGGAGAUUUGUUUUACAUGAAACCGAUCGAUGGUUUUGUUCCUAUACAACCGGAAGAAGAACGAAAGUAUAACGUGAUCGUAAAUUUAUGGGCUGUGUCCAGAACGGAUUUCAUGCCUUUAUGGUAUGUAGUGUCAGAAGAUGAAAGUGUAGACCCAUGCAUUGUCCAUUCUACUUCAUCUUUCGACAUUGAUUACGUUGAACCGUUUGAAGACGUCAGGCAGUGGAAACGCUGGAGAGCGGACCGAUAUAACCCUUAUACGCCAGAGGACAGGCUGGCGAGACUCAAAUUUACUGAUACCGGAAAGACAAAACUGAUUAUCCCUACACCGAGAAACAUAAGAAUUAACGAGACAGUCAAGUUAAGUUCAGUUAAUAACUCUUGGGGAUUACUUGUCGAUGAAAUACAUUUCAACGAAACGGCUCUAUUUUUAAAAGGGCUGUACGAUUUCAAUUUCAUUUCCACUGAGACCUCAAAUUCGAUUGUACUCUCGAAGAACAACACAUUCUCGAAACAGGGAUACAGUGUUAAUGUAUCACCAGAGCUAAAUAGAAUAUUUCUCCAGAGUAACACUUCACAUGGAAUGUUUUACGCGAUCCAAUCACUGCGAGCGAUUCUUGAAGAAUACAACAGCACCAACAUUCCGUCAAUUGUUAUCGAGGAUGAGCCGAGGUUCGAAUGGCGAGGAAUGCAUUUGGACGUUGCGAGGAAUUUUCACUCAGUUGACGACGUGAAGAGGUUGAUACAGGCCAUGUCCAUGUACAAGAUGAACGCCUUGCAUUUGCAUCUCACAGAUGAUGAGGGAUGGAGAUUGGAGAUUGAUGGACUUCCAGAGCUCACUGACGUGGGUAGUAAUCGAUGCCACGACUUGAAUGAAACACGUUGUGUUAUCCCUCAGUUCGGCUCGGGACCGUUUGCGAACACUUCAGGGUCUGGGUAUUAUACAAAAAACGACUAUCGAGAUAUACUUAGAUUUGCGAACACACAUUUUGUCACAGUUAUACCGGAGAUUGAUAUGCCAGGCCAUAGUCAUGCAGCAGUUGUUUCGAUGGAACAAAGGUAUCGCAAGUAUAUUAAAGCUGGAAACCAAACUGCAGCAGAAGAGUUCCGAAUUAUAGAUCCCGAUGAUACAACGUUUUACACAUCUGUUCAAAACUGGAGAGACGAUGUAAUGAAUCCAUGCAUUGAAUCUACAUAUGCAUUGAUUGGAAAAGUAAUGGAUAAAAUAAAAGCGCUGCAUGAAGAUAUUCAGCCACUUCUGUUUUAUCAUUUUGGUGGAGACGAGGUGCCUAACGGAGUUUGGUCGGAAUCACCAAAAUGCGAAGAGCUCUUGCAGGAGAGUCCUGCAUUGAAUGUCACACAUGGUUUGAAAAACUACUUUGCGAAGCGAAUGGCCGCCUUGGCCGCUAUGAAAAACAUUUCUCUUGGCGGAUGGGAAGAUGGGUUUAUCGACGGACAAAAGUCACCGGCACCAAUACCUACGGACCAAAUGUCCGGGGUCGAGCUAUACGUUAAUCCGUGGAACAAUAUUUGGGAAUGGGGUGGCGGCAGUAACGCUUAUAAAUACGCCAAUGCUGGAUAUAAGGUUAUACUUACGCCAGGCACAAAUUUAUAUUUUGACCAUCCACAAGAGCCGGGCCCUGAAGAAAGGGGGCUUUAUUGGGCAACACGUUUCACAGAUACCAAGAAAGUUCUCAAAUUUAUGCCAGAAGCGUUUUAUGACAACAUAUUUGAAGAUCGGAGUGGAAAUCCUUUGUCAAAGGAAGAUAUAUGUGGAGAAGAUCUGUCUAAAUGUACACCAUUGGAGAAACCAGGAAAUAUUAUAGGUAUUCAAGGUGCUUUGUGGAGUGAGACGGUGAGGACAAGUGAAGAUAUGGACUUCAUGAUAUUUCCCCGUUUGCUGGCUUUAGCUGAGAGAUCAUGGUAUAAAGCUGGAUUUGAGUCUACUCCUAAAAAUGAAGAGGCGUUUGAAGAUGAAUGGAGCGCCUUCGCUAAGGCUGUUGGUUCAAGAGAGUUCCGACGUUUAAAUGAAAUGGAUAUUUCAUUCCGGAUCCCACCUCCUGGUGGCAGAGUACAACAGGAUGGAAUUGUGCAAGUUACAACUACUUACCCUGGUCUCGGCGUUGAAAUUAGCAAGGACGAUGGACAUUCAUGGCAGAUGGUACAACACGAUAUCAUCAACAAUGAUGAACGAGGUGUUUCCAAUUUCCUUACGGGAUCAGAAUGGGAUUCAGUCUUACUUCGAUCUACUUUCAGAAAUCGAGAUGAUGUAAGACAUAGCCGAGCUGUGGAACUGAAAAGAGAAGUGGCUCGACCGGUCGUGGAGCAAUACAUGUUAGCUUACAUCGCUGAAAACCUUCUGGUCCAUGUUGAAGUCGUUGAUAACCUUAACAAAGACGAGAAAAAGUACAUGACGAUUAAACUUGAGCUGACCAACAACGGAUCUAUGAAUAUACCGUCUUGUGCUUGGAGAAUUUACUUUUACAGUCUUUACGGUGCAAAGGCCGAAGAAUUGAGCUGUGGCCUAACCAUAGGACACGUGAAUGGUGGUCUGUAUUACAUCGAACCAACGUCUGAUAACUUCCCGGGAAUUCCUGCCGGGCACAGUCUUGAUCCAUGUAUCAACAAAAACAGGCUUUGGAUGGUCAGCCGAACAGACAACCUGCCGAACUGGUUUGUGACUUCUCCGGGCAUGACGCCAAUGAAGCUCAAAGCAACGGAGGGCGAGAUGUUGAACUAUGUGGGCAAAUUUGACACCGCUGCAAAAUGGAAGAGAGAAAGGGACGACAGGUUUGAUCCCUAUACGGCUCCAGAGAGAUAUGAUAUUUUUCGCAGGGACUCUUCAACUAAACCAGUGUAUCGGGUUGUACCAACUCCAAAGGCGGCAUCCAUUUCGCAACACGAAACCGCUCAGAUUGACGACUCUUUCGUGGUUUUAGAAUCACAGGAAUUCAGAAUAGAAAGCCAGUUCCUGGCAGAGAUGCUAAAAGUAAAUAUAACAAAUACAUCGGAUUCGUCCAAACAAAUCAAAUUCGAAGUGCGGGAGAAUAAAGGCGUAAGAGAAGCAUACGAAAUAAACAUAAGCCCAGAGACAAACACCGUGGUAAUACAUGCUCAAGAUUCCCCCGGGGCAUUUUAUGGGGCACAAACCUUGAUAUCGCUUGUGGAAGACAAUGAUGGAAGGAUUCCAAAAGCUACUAUCAGUGACGAGCCGAGGUUCGGCUAUCGUGGUGUAAUGCUAGACGUGGCACGCAAUUUUAAGCCGAAGAAUUGGACGUUGAAGUUUAUAGACGCGAUGGCAAUGUACAAAUUGAACAAGCUGCACCUUCAUCUGAGCGACGACGAAGGCUGGAGGAUAGAAAUACCUGGUAUACCUGGAUUGACGGAGAUUGGAAGCAAACGAUGCCACAGCGAGUACGACGACGAUUGUGUAAUGCCACAGUUAGGAUCGGGGCCUGAUUCAGACACACAAGGGACGGGCUUUUACACUGUUGAUGACUACAGAGAGAUCCUUGAAUACGCCAAUGUCAGGCACAUUGAAAUCAUACCUGAAAUCGAUAUGCCGGGACACUCAGCCGCGGCAAUAUCUGUAAUGGAAAAGAGGGAGGAUGAUAUUGACUUCAUGAAAUCACACGCAAAUUGGCCAUUACCUGAGUCAUGGCUGCUUUAUGACCACAAGUUUACCCCAAGUGUUAACAGUGGGCUAAAAUGGUCAAAAAAUGCGAUGAACCCUUGCAUGAAUUCCACUUACAGAUUUGUAGAACUGGUAGUUGACGGUCUAAUAGAACUACAUAGGCCUGUUCAACCACUGCGCAUAUUUCACAUGGGCGGAGACGAGGUGACACUUGGAGCAUGGGAUGAAUCUAAAGAGUGCUUCGAUAACACGGACUUUCGCGGAUUUGAUACGGCGGCAUCGCAACGGGUUUUUAUGAGUCGUGUGGCGAAGAUUGUAGCAGACAAGGGCUUAUCACUCGGUGUCUGGGAAGACGGGGUUUACGCUAACGAUAAGCCAAACCCCAUUACAGACUACAAAUCCGAAGUGUUUGUGUAUCCAUGGAACAACAGAUGGUGUACAAACAAAGCCAAAAGGUCAUCAGAAUUCGCAGAUGCUGGAUACAAGGUGAUUCUACCUCUAGCCACUCAUCUCUACUUCGACAUGUCGCAAGAGCCCGAUCCUGAAAGUCGUGGGCUUUACUGGGCCACCCGCUUCAUCGACGCACGCAAAGUAUUUGGACUCAUGCCGGAUAACAUAUUUGCUAACGCGGAUGUGGACCGUAUGGGAAAUCCUGUGUCCUUAGAUGACUUAUGUGAAAAGGUUGCUUGUCCUCAGCCGAAUAAGACAGAAAACAUCAUGGGUCUGCAGGCAUGUAUGUGGGCGGAAGUGAUGCGCACAGAGGAGCAGUUCCACAAUAUGGCCUUCCCACGCCUUCUUGCCCUUGCAGAGCGCGCAUGGCAUCGUGCCGCCUGGGAGGGGCUAAAUGAUCGGAACGCGCGGAACAAUUACCGGAAGUCCGAUUGGAAGGAGUUCGUGGAUGUUCUCGGCUACAAGGAGCUUCCUCGGCUUGAGAAGAAACAGGUUUAUUACUUCUUGGAGCCGCCGGGAGCUAGGGUUGACGGCAACGUGCUGAAAGCGAACACGCGGUACCCAAAUCAUCUGGUAGAAAUAAGCACGGACGGAGGUGACACGUGGAACGAAUUCCAACAACAGACCCUGGCUAACGGGAGACAUACAUUACACUUUAGAACGAAGUCCCCGGUGCUAGGUCGUGUAAGUCGCCCCGUUGAGCUGACCGCCGUGGUUGGGCGUGACGGUUCGGUGGGGUCCGCGAAGGCGUUAAUCCCCACAUAUCUCAUCAUAGUACUCAAUAUCUGUCUAUUAUUGGUGCUCGGGCGUGUUGUGUAAAUGAGUGUUGUUUAAGUUGUUUCUUUUACUUCAAUGCCGCAACGCAAGGGUGCUUAUAAAGCAUAAAUGCGUACAUGUAUGUACCUUGUACAUCUAUGUAUUAACAAUGAAGAGCUUGUGUACCUCUAGUGUAAGUUAUACAAUGGUGUGUGUUUUUAAUGUAAACCAUUGGCAACAGAAUGUAUGUUUUUAUUGAUAAUGCUAUUUUGUUGCAUUUGUGAUCUGUUUGUCGCGUUUGUAUCUUUGUGUCUCUCGUUCAGUGUCAUUCGGGCCAUUACCUUGUACAUGGAGUUUUUACUUGAAAUUUUGGCUACAGGGGGUAAUCGUAUUCUUAUAUCAUAGCACUUUUAUGAAAUUCAAUGAAAUCGCUGAUUCGAUAGUUGCUAAAUGGAAUUACUGAUUCAAUUGUUGCUAUAUGGAAUUACUGAUUCAAUAAUUGCUAUAUAGAAUUACUGAUUCAAUUGUUGCUAUAUGGAAUUACUGAUUCAAUAAUUGCUAUAUGGAAUUACCGAUUCAAUAUUUGCUAUAUGGAAUUACUGAUUCAACACUUGAUAUAUGGAAUUACUGAUUCAAUAGUUGAUAUAUGGAAUUACUGAUUCAAUAAUUGAUAUAUGGAAUUACUGAUUCAAUAAUUGCUAUAUGGAAUUACUGAUUCAAUAAUUGAUAUAUGGAAUUACUGAUUCAAUAGUUGCUAUAUAGAAUUACUGAUUCAAUAGUUGCUAUAUGGAAUUACUGAUUCAAUAAUUGCUAUAUGUAAUGAAUUGUUAUAUGACUGAUUUAAUAGUUGUUUUAAAGACUACAGUUACAGUAAUAAAAGCCUUUUGUUGUGUGUUUUGAAAUGGCCUUCACUUGUUGUUGUACGAAAUACUCAGAUGACAUGAAGUAAUAUCUUAAUUAAUAAUUAUGGAAGGACCCUUCUUAUUCAUUUAGAUAUAACUUUUGGUCAUCUAAGUGACUUAUAGAAUACAAAACCAUUGGCUGACACGUUGGCAGCGCAAAAUAUGACGCAAGGAGUGUGUAUCGGAUGAGUGGCAUUAGGCGGACCUUUAAACAACCGCGAAGGUUGAAAUUCCUUAUCAUUUAGCAAAGUACUUAAUGAUUGCCUACCUGCAAUUUCAUUGGCUGUAUGUUAGUAAGGUACGAUAGUGGUACAUGUGAACAAUUAUUGUAGUCACAAAAAUACCAUUUAAAGAUGAGUGUUCGAAAUUGUACAUGUAAACAUAUCAAUCAUGUUUAAUUGAAUGAUAAAACUUCAGCUAUGUUUGUCAUAAUCAGUCUCAAAAUGAACAACUGUAGAUAUGUCUUUAGACAAACUAUGUAAAACUUGUGAAAGAUAAACGUUUGAAUAUA